GAGACACACUUUUUAUUCGUCAUGUCUUGUUCAGCCUUACCUUUCAUGGUUCUUACGAUUUGGUUCAAUGCGUUAAAUACGUUAGCCUUGACGGUGAAUCCACUUAAUGGUAAACAUCUCCGAACCAUCUGGCCGCGCUGGAGUGGUAAUCCAAAAGGAUUGUCAGGUCCGCUUAAAGGGGGCGUGGUGCUUGAAUAUCUGGCAACUCGCUUUAAUUUCACGUACGAGAUGGUCAGAGUGGCAGAGAACCGGCUGGAGCCACCAGAAAAAGGAAAAGGACUUUUCAGCUACUUAUGGGAUGCACAAUGCGAUUUGCUACUGCAAGACGUAGUGCCGACAUUUCGGCGUCUGCAGAUUGUCGACAUGACGCUGCCUUGGAAUUAUGACUACUUCUCUUUUCUUAUUCCUGUUCACGACGAGGCGGCAAAUAUUGACGCAGUUAUUAAACCUUUUCAAUGGCCGGUAUGGAUUGGCCUUGCAAUUUCCUCGGUUAUCGUCAUCGUCAUUCUGUUUUUAAUUCAACGUUAUCUGGACAAUCGAGUCGGACUGGAACGGGAUUCGACAUCAAACGAAGGGGAAAAUGCAAAUUCUACUAGGGUACACGGACAGCCAGGAAGCCAGUACCUCUACGUACUAGGCAAUUUACUGUCACAAAGCGGCCCUUGCACUUCAAGGCGUUUAUCCUUUCGCCUCGUAGCUGGGGUGUGGACCUUGGCGGCUUUCAUUUUCGUCCAAGGCUAUAACUCGACGCUCUUCACUUACGUUGUGGCUCCAGUGAAACUACCGUUAAUCAACUCCGUUUACGAUAUUGCUGAGAGUUCUGACAUCGUUUUACUCGUGAAAAAAGCAGGGACAAUCGACACUUUGAUUUCGGAAAGUCCAAACACCAGUAUAUUUUCAAAACUGCGUGCUAGGGUCAACUCAUUCCCCGACUCCCGAUGCACGCUGGUAGCAGACUGCAUCCGACUUGUUAACCCAGGAUCAAGAAAAGUUUUCAUUGACGCGAAUAUUUAUCACCUAGAUGCGAUCAGGGAAGAUUUUCAGAGAACAAAGAAAUGUAAUUUGCAACUGGCAAGGGAUGGUUUCAUUAGCAUCAUUACAACCUUUGCCCUACCCAAAGGCAGUCCAUACACCAAAACUAUUAGCCAAGGCCUUUUGGAGCUACAUCAAACUGGCCUAAUCAACUACUGGGAUAUAUGGUUCCGUCCAAUGCCUGGUCAAUGCAUGGAGAACAUUAAAAGCGGAUACUCGAAACCCAAGAACAAGCAUCCACCUUUGUCGCUCAAGAACUUAACUGGUGCGUUCCUCGUCCUUUUAGUUGGAUUGUGUCUAUCCCUUUUAGCGUUUCUCGGCGAGAGAGUGUUUUUUAUGACUGAACACCGUCGCCAUCGCAGCAGUGAAUUACAGAAAACAGGAAUAUCUGAUGUCACUGAGUGAUUUUGCAACACAGCACGUGAGUAAACAUAGAGGUGCGAGCGAGUGUGUAUCGCUCUGAACA